AUGAGCCAGCAACAUCACUUUGCCUACUAUUGCUCCGGACAUGGCUACGGGCAUUGUACGAGAGUGACAGCAUUGACGAUCGCACUCCUAGAAGAAGGACAUCUGGUCGACAUCAUCACGAAUGCGCCAAGCCAUGUCUUCACUGCUGCACUCGAGUGGCAGCCGUCAGCUUCCCGAAGGGAGCCGCACUCGAAGAGACCAAGAGCUACCUACAGACAUGCACUCAUUGACGCUGGUAUAUCUCAGCCCAAAGCAUAUGAUGUCGACAGACUUGCGACCAUCAAGGGCCUUGCCCAAUUCAUGGCCAGCAGGCCAGCAAUGAUAGAAGCAGAGACGGCCUUUCUCAAAGCAAACACGAUAGAUUGCGUUCUUGUUGACGCGCCAUUUCUGCCAUGUGCUGCUGCCAAGUGCGCUGGCAUUCCCGCUGCAAUCAUAUCCAACUUCACCUUCUGCACUUGCUAUUCCUAUCUAUCCCUGCGUGAUCAAGCUCCUCGCAUGCUCAGACCAUUUGCCGUCUCGCCGACGACGCAGUCGUCUAGCGUCGCGAGCCGUCGAGCCCGCUCAGCUCCUGACGGUCUGCCCACCCUGGACGACUUCUCCAGCAUCAGUCAGGAUCCUUCGGCACCACUUCCCGCGGAGCUAUUGGCGCCACUCGUUGAGCAGGUCAUCGCUGACUAUGCCAAUGCGUCCCUGCUUCUUCGAUUACCCGGCGCGAUUCCGAUACCUGCCUUUGAUGGCGACGCACGUCUGCCGAGCACAGCAUGGGUCGACCUGAACAAAGGCUCUUUCACGACGGCCAUACUAGAUGUGAUAGGUUUGCCAGAUUCUGUGCGGAAUGUAAGGACACCAAAGAGGCAACGCUUCGACAUGCCUCUCAUCGUCAGGCCAGCGAAGGCGAGUAUCUAUGACGCUUCAGAGCGGACUCGUCUCUUGACGUCGAUCGGGAUACCUACACAUCUUCAGGAUCCACAGACAACGAAAAUACUGCUCGUCAGCUUCGGUGGUCAAAAGAUACCCAACCCGAAAAGCCGACCCCCUUCUCCCAUCAGCCCAGGCUCGCCUUUGCCUCUAGCCGUUCUGUCGGAUGCAGUUCCGUCGCAGGUAGCCUGCCAAGUCAGCCGACCAUUGGCAACGCCUGACCACCUGUAUGUGCCCGGCGCGCCACCGGCUCUCACACAUCCCUCGCCUGUGCGACAUACAAUAUCAUUAGCGAUGCCCGAUCCGCAUGACGACGGAUCCUAUCCAUCGGACGUAUCGAAUGAGUGUGGACUGCUGCCGCCAGGCUGGAUUGCUAUCUUGUGCGGCUACGACAAUUCAUCCGGCGAGUUGCUGCCACCGAACUUUUAUACAACGGGCAAAGAUGUAUACGUGCCUGAUCUGACCGCCACAGCUGAUGUCAUAUUGGGCAAGCUAGGCUAUGGCACUUGUAGCGAAGCUGUCGCCACUCAAACACCAUUCAUCUAUGUUCCGAGACCAUUGUUCAUCGAGGAGUACGGCCUCAAGAGACUCAUGGAGCAACAAGGCAAGCCAGUCGAGAUGUCACGCGACGCCUUCGAGAGCGGUCAAUGGGAGCAUCUCAUCAUGCGAGCUUAUCGGCUGGGCUGUGAGACAAAGGCUGCCUUUCGCGAGGGCAGGGCUUUGCCUCCAGAUCACAGUGCAGCUGCGCGGACUAUCGUGGCCUCGCUCAUAAGUUGGCUGAAUGCAUGA